AUGACUGACGACCAAGAUCUACACCUCAAUUCUAUGCAAUACAUGCCAAAUGUUCUGGAUCUGAUCGCAAAAGAGGGCACUACCUACCAAAACCACUUCUGCACGGUCUCCGUAUGCUGCCCCUCGAGAGUCUCGCUAUUGACUGGCAAGCUUGCGCAUAAUACCAACGUCACGGAUAUUGUCCCUCCAUACGGCGGCUAUCCCAAGUUCGUUCAGCAAGGCCUCAACGACAACUACCUCCCGGUCUGGCUGCAGCAAGCAGGAUACAACACCUAUUACACGGGGAAGCUCAUGAAUGCCCACUCUACUUCCAACUGGAAUAACCCGUUUCCUGCAGGCUGGAACGGCACAGCUUUCUUGAUCGACCCAGGAACCUACAACUAUUACAAUGCCACAUUCCAGAGCAACAGAGAUCCUCCUGUGAAUUCACCCGGUCAAUACAGUACAGAUCAAGUGGCCGUAAACGCUCUGAAUAUGCUCGACCAGGCUCACGCUGCAGGAAUGCCUUUCUUCCUUGGUGUCGCACCGAUCGCACCACAUUGUCAGACCAUUUCCAAUCCCAAUACACCCAUCCCGGGCUUCCUUCCACCUAUCCCAGCAACCCGUCACCGGGAUUUAUUCCCGGGUGUCCAGAUCCCACGAAGUCCCAACUUUAACCCCAAUGAACCCAGUGGUGUAAGCUGGAUCACGCACCUACCCCAGCUCAACAGCACACAGAUCGACUAUUUUGAUGACUUCUAUCGCUUGCGUUUGCAGACUUUGCAAGCUGUCGAUGAGAUGAUCCCGACCAUUGUCGACCGCCUGACCCAGUACGGUCUGCUUGAUAAUACUUACAUUAUCUAUACCACCGACAAUGGCUAUCACAUGGGCAAUCACCGCAUGCAGCCAGGAAAGUACUGCGCUUACGAGGAGGACGUCAAUAUUCCAUUCUAUAUCCGUGGGCCAAGCGUAUCCAAAGGCGCGACUGUCGAUUUUGUGACAACUCAUACGGACAUUGCUCCCACUUUGUUUCAAUUGGCUGGAAUUCCGCUACGAAGUGAUUUCGAUGGGUCACCCAUGCCUGUCACCGAAAAUGCCCAGCAACAUCGUCGUUAUGCUCCCACUCAAGAUCAUGCCAUGGUCGAGUAUUGGGGAAGAGGCGGGUUUGAAGGGGCCUUUGGGCUACAGGGAGUCAAUGGAAGCUUCACUCAAUUUUCCAAUAACACCUAUAAAUCGAUGCGUAUCGUUACCGACAAUUACAACCUGCAAUACACAGUCUGGUGCACAAAUGAACAUGAGUUAUAUGACAUGACGCGUGAUCCUUCACAGAUGAAUAAUCUCCUGGGCCCAAACGCUUCGUUAGACGCCACUCCACUGGCCCAGCCCUUAAAUCGACCCCUUUCUCAAGUCCAAGCCCGUCUCGAUGCCCUUCUCAUGGUUUUAAAAUCCUGUAAAGCCAAUCAGUGCACACAACCAUGGAAGGUUCUUCAUCCUGAAGGCAGCGUCAACAAUCUCGUUGAUGCGCUGGAUGCCGAAUAUGAUGCGUUCUACGCAGGUCAACCAAAAGUGGGAUUUGAGGCGUGUGCCUUGGGAUAUCUGAUCCAGAGUGAGGGGCCACGGACGCCGAACUACUACGGGCAAAGUAUGGCCUCAUGGACUUGA